GAUGGUUAGCGUUCGCUGUGGCGGUAACGAGCGCGUCUUCAACGCUUUUACCGAUUCAUAUUUGUUUCAAUUGUAGUUUUUAAUAGUAUUUUACAAAUUAAAAGUAAAUACAAGUGCAUAGCUGAAAAUUUGCAAGCCAUUAUAGUAGUAGUUUAGAAAGAAAGAGUAAAACGAGCAUUCGCUAACAAAAAUGGGCAUGAUGACUGUCAAUAGCAACAAUAACAAUAAAAAUAACAAUAACAACAUCGAUAAUAUUAACAACAACCAUGGGAGUGGCGUGUCCAUUACCCCAACAUCGCUUGCUGCGAGUCUCACCUCACAAGCAGAAGCGUCCCACGCGGCGUCCCCCAACCAUACUGUUCAAAGUGUCGCCAACAAAGAGGCGUUACCAGCCCGCAUGGCGACUGAGAAUGUUUCAUGCCAGCAAGCGGCAGCAAUUGCUAAUGAUGAUUGGCAUGAUGCCAGUGGCGAUAUCACUGCUAUCGCAGCAGUCGCUGCAGAGUGUGAGCGUUUGCUUGCAGCUGCAACAGCUGAGGACGAGAUUGCCUAUGACAACAAUAAAAGCGGUGCAAGCUGUGAAAUCGGUACUGAUGAAGGCGUAGAAUCCACCAACGCUGCCCGCAAUACAGCUGUGAGUGAUAAUUACGCAGCAAAUGAAACGCGGCCAUAUUUUCUACCUAAAAACACUGCGAAGGGGGGAGAUCAUAACCAUGACACUGACUAUUCUGCCGACGAUUUGGAUUGUGGCAGUGACGUUGAGGUCUUGUAUAGUAACACCGGAAUGCGCUCGCCAGCACAACUCGGUUACACCACCUCGUUUGCCUCCUACGAUAGUCAUGUGCAUCAGUUGACUCGCAAUAAACGUCGGGAUUCGCAUGCGACAUUGAAACGCUUGCGACAGCAACAAGAUGAGCAAUCACAACAAUUGCUACGUCGUUUUAGCACGCAACAAAACGCGAGCUCGUUAAAGCUUAGCGCCUCGAACGCGUCAAUUUGUUCGUCGAAUACCUCUACCUGUCCCGCGUACAGCAUCGGUGAGCCGUUGUAUCAGUCCGUUGCAUUUAAUGAUUAUGCUGCCACGAAUGGCGGUGCCAUUGAAGCACUCACCGUGGAAGGGUCCACCGACGAGAGUGUAUUGCGGUAUUCGUUUAAAGGCUAUCCGCCAGAGUUGUAUUCGCCGCGCAAGGAAUUCAUCUAUACACGUCCACUGGUCGAGAAACAGCUUGUUAUUAAAAAAACUUGUGAAUGGUGGUUUUAUAAAAAUAAAUGCCGCAAUAUGUCGACACAUUGGAAGCAGAAUGCAUUUCUCAUAUGCUGCGUAUUGCUGUUCGCCCUCUUAUUGGGCUUGAUUAUUUGGUGCCAGCCAGGAAGCAACAGCGUACAUAGCGUACAUAGUAAUAAUAGUAGUAACAAUAAAGUUGCACAUAUAUCGAAUGGUAUUGCGAAUAAAUCAGUUAAUUGGUUGAGUAGUACGGAAAGUCCGCCCAUAAUCGAUUCGCCCGAUAUACAAACGAUUUUUAUAAAUCAUUCAUUCAUAGGUGAUGAACAGUGGACCGAUGACGAAGACAUAAAAGACGAUAUUGGCGAUAUAAACAAUAGCAUUCCGGAUGAUUUCACCAGUGAUUUUGUAACGCCGAGAAAGGUCUAUAAUUCCAGAUUAAGCGAAGAUGAUAUGCUCUAUGAGUCAAAUCGCAAUAAAAGUAGUGUAACGAAAAAUUAUUAUUCAGCAUUCGAUGAAACUGGUACAUUUCGUAGUAAAUCUAGUCAAAUAUGGGAUCCACAUCCCGAAUACAUAAUAAACGCUUUUGGUCAUGAAUUGCAUUUGGUUCUAUAUCAAGACACAUCGUUCAUACCACCCCAAACCUUUAGUGUAAUUCGUAUACUUAACAAUCGAACCGAAGAAGAAGACGAGGAAGACGAAGCAAAUGGUCAUUAUUUAGGGUGCUAUUACAAGGGCGUAGUGCAAGGCGAUGAACAAUCCACAGUGUCCGUCUCACUCUGCAACGGCAUGACCGGUUACAUUAAAACGAGUUUCGGCUCACUACUCAUACAACCGGUCAAUCAGACCAGCGAUGCCGAUUCGGAGGUGUUGCACAAAGUGUGGCGUCACUCGCGUCGCAAUGCUAGACAUGCCGUCGCCGGCGAUUCAUUCGACAUGGAUUUGAAAGAACUCGAAGAGAGUCUAUUCACAAGGUUGAAUCGUAAAAAGCGUAACUAUGUUGAUCGUCAUGUCUUCACCAUGGAAGUUUUGGUUGCUGUUGAUAAGACAAUGAGUGAAUUUCAUGGUAGCGAUUUGAAAUCAUACAUUCUCACGCUGAUAUCGAUUGUAUCGAAUAUAUACGCAGAUGCUAGUAUUGGUAAUUCGAUAUAUAUAACUGUAGCAAAUAUAUUGAUAUUGCGCGAUGAUAGGAAAAAAGCUACAUCGGCUUCAGCAAUGCUAAAGGAAUUCUGUGGUGUUGUUUCGAAACAAGGAUAUCAUUACGAUACGGCAAUGCUCAUUACACGCGAUCAAAUUUGCCGUAAUGAAGGUGAGCCCUGCGAUACUUUGGGUCUGGCUGAACUGGGCACUGUCUGCAAGCGACGAUCGUGCGCCAUAGUACAAGAUAACGGACUGCCAGCCGCAUUUACGAUCGCCCAUGAGUUGGGUCAUGUCUUAAAUAUGCCACACGAUGAUGACGACCUCUGUAAGCCAUUCAAUCGGCCGGGCACGAAGAAUAAAAUGCAUAUUAUGUCGAGUAUUAUGGGCAGCGAUAUACAUCCGUGGUCGUGGUCAGACUGUUCACGUAAUUAUGUCUCAGAAUUUUUAGAAAAAGAAGACAAAUCCUGCCUUGAAGACACACCCACAUUCUAUAUAAAAAAUUUCAAUACCAAACUGCCGGGCGAGAUCUACUCACUCAAUCAUCAGUGCCAACUAAUACAUGGAAAUCAAUCGCGUUAUUGUCGCAUCGAUGAGGAGUGCAAGCGGUUGUGGUGUAAAACGGACAGUAGUCGAAGCGAUUGCCGUAGCAGCAAUCUGCCCUGGGCUGAUGGCACGCCAUGCAACAACGAUCGUUUCUGGUGUCAGAAGGGUGAAUGUGUACCGCGUGAGGGUAAAUCAUUGCAAGUGGUGCAAGGCGGUUGGGGCGCAUGGAGUGCAUUUACACCUUGCAGUCUUACUUGCGGUGGUGGCGUACAAGAAUCACAGCGCGAAUGCAAUAAUCCUUUGCCGAAGAAUGGUGGGAAAUAUUGUUCGGGUAGUCGUAAGAAAUAUCGCUCCUGCAAUACGCACGCAUGUCCGCCGGGUACAUUGGAUUCACGCGAACAGCAAUGUUACGAAAUGAAUGGUAGAAACUUCUCCAGUAAGGGUAUUGCACGCUCGGCAAAAUGGAUACCGAAGUAUGGCUUGUCCUCGUCAGAAAAAUGCAAAUUAUUUUGCCGUUUGGAAGAUAACAGCGCGUACUUUAAACUCGCGGACAAGGUUAAAGACGGCACCACAUGCUCAUUGGACAGUUUUGACAAGUGUGUCAAUGGCAUUUGCCGGCCGGCAGGUUGUGACCAUGAGCUGAACUCGCUGGCGAAAAUAGACAGAUGUGGCGUUUGUGAAGGUCACAAUGAAACCUGCCAGGAACACACCGGAAAUUUUUAUGUCUCCGAUUUAUUUAAGACCAAGUCCGAGCUAUAUUAUUAUUAUGUGACAACUAUACCAAAAGGUGCUUCUAACAUAGUAAUAACCCAACCCGGUUAUCAUUCCGAAAAUUACAUAGCGCUGCGCGAUGACGAGGGCAAUUAUAUACUCAACGGUAAGAAUGUCAUUACGAGUUUUCGUAAUGUAAGAUUCUAUGCAGGUUUAACUUUCGAAUAUAAUGGUGCUGAGAAUGUUGUCGAGCGUGUAAACACCACAUUAUCACGUAAGCUAAAACGUGAUCUGAUUGUAGAGAUUAUUUCUAUAAGCAAAAGUACGCCAAAGGACAAUGACUCAUUACUACUCAGCUACACAUACACAAUGGAUAAUCCAAUUUAUCAAUUACCCGAAAUCGAAGUGGAGAUAUAUAACUGGGAAAUGCAGCCGUGGAGCACUUGUGAUGCCCUCUGUCAUGGCAGUUCGCAUCGUAUGCCGGUUUGUGUGAGCACCACCAAAGCCUUAAAGGUGGCGCCACAAUUGUGUGAUGAACUUGCUAAACCGCCAACGGAAUAUCGUCAGUGCAACACCGACUGUGUGCUCUCUUUGAAUGUUGCAAAUAUCUCGGAAUGCUCGGCGUCGUGUGGCAUGUUGGGUACGCGUGAGAAGACGUAUUAUUGCAUACAAACUUUCCCGCAUAUCAGUCGGUCAAAUAUAGUCGACUUGUCAUAUUGCCUUUCCAAGUUCGAAUUUAGUCCGCAUGAAUCGUGCAGAGAAGGUUGCUGGGAUUAUACCGAGUGGUCACCGUGCUCGAAGUCCUGUGGUACCGGCACACAAACCCGAGGCGUUGCUUGUAUACUAAAUGGCACACGCGUGGCUGAUAGUUUCUGCGACCAGCGUAAGCGUGAAUCUUUUCGCGACACAUUGAAGGCAUGCAAAACGGAUCCAUGCUAUUCUUACGAUGAUAAUUUGGUCACUGCGCGCUCAUUCGCCAAUUACUGGGUCGCCGACGAUUGGGGUGAAUGUAAUGAUAAUUGUGAAAAGAAUCGUACGGUCACAUGUCGCAAUCCACUUGGGUAUGGUUGUCCCAUGGAGCGAAGACCCCUCACGAAACGUAAAUGCUGCAAUAUCAAAUAUGUUUCGAAUUGGUCGAAUUGUUCGGUGGAAUGUGGUAAUGGCGUACGACAAAAAGAGAUACAUUGUGCGCGAGUUUAUAAGCCCGAGAUCAAGGGUGCGCCACGACGGCGUGUGAUUAUCGACGCAUAUCACUGUCGUCACUUGCGCAAACCCACACCGAAACGUAUGCACAAGCCAUGUAAAAUCAGCUGUAAGUGGUCCACAUCGGAUUGGACACAAUGUCCGGCAGACUGCCAUGAAGAAUAUCAGUCACGUUCGGUGUAUUGUGAGUCUGUGCUAGGUAAUCCGAUUGCCUAUCGCUACUGUGAUCCGUUGAAGAAGCCGACAACAAAAAAGAUCUGCAACAAUUGCGUGCGAAAGGAGUCGAAAAUCGUAACUCCGUGCAAUUGCGAAGGUUUUCGACGCCGCCGCACCAUUUGUCAUGAUUCUACCGGCCGACGUAUUGCCUGUCCCACCAAAGAGCGACUAAUCAAAGAGAAAUGUCCACCACCACCACGUGAAUGUAUGCCAAAAUCAUGUGAAGACCUGCGUCGUCUACAUCGUUACUAUCAGGAUCGUGAAUAUACCAUUUAUGUACGAUCACGCGCGCGUAAAGUUUAUUGCCAUAACAUGAGUACCGCACCGACGGAAUAUAUUAGCGUUAACCAUCUGGAAAACUAUUCCAUUUACUAUGAUUACAAAACCACAGAUCCGGAUAAAUGUCCACCAGUGUCGCGUAUGCAUGAAUUCCGUGAUAAUAGUACCAGUUCAGGUCGCACACAUUUCCGGAAGUUGCGUAUAAGGCUGCCGGACUUGCGUGUAAUUGAAAAUGAUUUCACAUUUGCCGAAAUACUCGGCAAUCCGCAACUGUAUGGUUCAGCGGGUGAUUGUUACAAUCGUAAUAAGGAAUGUCCGCAAGGUGAUUUCUCAAUUAAUUUGGAGAAUACCGGUUUUCGCAUACGGACUGGGACGCGUUGGGACACCUUUGGUCAUAGUGUUGUUAUGAAAGUAUCCAAUCCGUUCGACACCUCGACCGCCUCACGUCGCGCCUUCUGUGGUGGUUAUUGUGGACGUUGCCAAAUUUCCAGCACCGGUCUGUACCUGGAUGUGUGAUCACACACCGGCUGGACUAACCUAAGUGUGGAUACAAAAUUUUUGUUGGUCGCUGAAUACCAACCAGAGUGGUCUUGACUCAGAACCAGAUGUCGGUAGAUGUGGUCAAAAAUUUUGACGCGAGCAUUAUUCAGACUGGCAAUUGAUGUGCAAAAUUUUAUGUGCCAUAAAAUGACCUGGUGACGUCAUUUCAUUGUCAAAACAAAAAAAAAA